AUGGCAAAGUUACUGGAAGAGUUAGAGUCUCUUGUUCGUGAGUUAGUUGAGGAAAGGAAGUGGAUUUUAAGCAGAGUCAGUGAACAUCUGAAGCAGGAGUAUCCUGGAACCAGAGGGUUGAGUCUUAGAAGCGUAGAGAGGUUCUGUCAAUUGAAGGACAUUCAUCAUCGUACAAGUAGAUUAAAUGACACAACCCUUGAUCAUGUCGUUUCUGAUGCCAUUAAUAUGGUGGGGCCUACUUAUGGCCGUAAAACUAUGACUGGACUAUUGAGGUCACGUGGGAUUUCUGUGAGUAAAGCUAGAGUUGGAACCUCAUUACGGCGUGUUGAUCCGACUCAUCACAUACACAGAAGCAGAGUCACAAGGAGACAUCUAAAUCCUGUUCCCUAUCACGCUGAUUACUUUGGCCAUAAACUUCACAUUGACCAGAACGAGAAGCUAGUCAUGUUUGGAGUGACACACAUCUGCGCUGUUGAUGGCUUUAGUGGAAAGAUUGUCGGUUUCAUUACUAUGCCAGUGAAGAACUGCCUUGAAAUCUAUCGGCAUCUUUAUAGACCUUUGACAUUAGAUUAUGGACUAUGGGACCAGAUACGCGUCGAUCAUGGGAAGGAGUGGCAUCUCAUGUUAUUUAUGCAGGAGCAGUUAGCGAAUUAUCGCUACAAUUAUGAUCGUGCCCCUCACUUACAGACAACAUCAAAACUGAAUCAUUGUGUGGAGCGACUUUGGGUUGAAAUUAAUAAGCGUGUUAAUUACCCGAAAAAAUUAUGUUUAAUUCAUUUAGAGGAAAGAGGAGAAAUUGAUAUGGAUGAUCUGUUGGUGAAGUUUUGUGUUUCGUUAUUCACAAUAAGAGUUGCUAUUGUUGGUACAACUAUGGCAACAUCUGCUUGGAAUGAACAUUCUGUGCCUGGGCAAGGAAUACCAAAUGAGAGAAUGCUACGUGCUAAUCAUGUUGCGCCUAUUGAUCCAAAUAUUCUUCCAGAAACAGAGGUUGCUGUUGAACAGAUGGAAUCAUUGGGAUCACACCUGACUCGCUUUAGCCCAUUUGGACAAGACCCACUGGAAGGACAUGGCCAUUUUUGUCGACAGAGAGAUGAACAGUUCGAGGCUCGUUUUCCAAACUACGAUGACUUUUUCCAUUCUGUUGCAAAUAGUGACUUUACCUUAUUUCGUCAGGGAUUAUUAUACACUAUUGAAAUCACCAGGCAUCUUGAAUUGCAAUUAAAUAAUACAUAACUUAGUUUGACACAAGAAACAAUAGAAAACCUUAUA